UAUUUUUCGCAGAACUUAUUUGGUGCACAAGCACCGGUUGCCAAUAUAAUUAUAAUUACUUUUUAGCCCAAUAAAAUAAGCAAAUCAACGGCAAUCGAACACCCCAAGAGGCUAAUAAUAAACGCCAGAGAGUGGCGCACAUCCGCCAAUUGAUCAACAACAAGAAGCGAGGAAAUCACGGCGGAAAAGCGAGGAAAACACGGCGGGAAAAUGGACCUGCUCGACUCGAUACUCAAUGCCAUGGAUGCGCCGCCUGCCAACAACGAGCAGCAGAAGACGCUGAUCAAAAAGCAACGCGAAAUGAUGGAGCGAAUGCAGAACAAACAGAAGGAGGAGCUCCUCCGAUUCCGCAAGUAUGUGGACGAACGGAUGGGCCGAUUCGCCAAGGACGACAGACAGUGCAUCGAGUUCCAGCCGCUGGACAAGGUGCAUCGAUCGGUGAUCCACGAGGUGGCCGAGAAUGGCGGCUUCAUUGCCAUGAGCUUUGGCCGCGAGGAUGUGGACCGGCAUUCGGUGGUGUACAAAAAGGAGCACGCUCCCGGCGAGGACGAGGUCACGGCCCGUCGCAAUGGAGAUGGCUGGAAUCCGGAGGUGGCCAAGGAGUAUGCCGAGCGGCGGCGGGAGCGAUUGGCGCAGGAGCAGAGCGACAAAGAGGCUUCCACCUCCGAGGCGGCGAACUCAUCCACAUCCGCAGCCGGGGAUCCGGAGUCCGGCGAAGUCAAACCCACGACCAACUACAAGGCCAAGUACGCCCACCUCAUCGGAGAGUCGGCCGCAUUGCAGGCGGCCCGCAAGACGGAGACCAACCAAAGCUACGGAUUCGUGCCCAGCAAGAACAAGAAGGACAUGCGCUCCAUCGAACAAACGCUGGCCGACAUCCAGGCCAAGAAGCGCCUGCGAUUGGCGCAGCAACAGGAACUGGAGCAGGAGCAGCAAGCGCAGGAGGCAACCACAACAUACACAGAGGACCCAUGAGUCGGCUGGAACACAAUUAGUAUACUGAUAGCUCACUUAAUGCAAGACUGUCGUAACCCAAAAAAUUUGAUUAUACUUUGUAAGGGA